GUCGCUUGCAGCGCCAACACAAUCAAGGACGCGCUGUUGUGCCGCGGUUGGUGCGCACUGCAGCGGCUGUGUCGAUGUGCCUGUUUGGGCCGCGUCGUUGCGUGCCGAGCGCGUGUCCGGCCCGGCCACGUCAUCGCCGCGGCCUCCACGUCGCCCAGGGAUGUGGAGGCUGGCCCAGGGUGGGAAAGUCCUCACCGGGGCCGGGCCGGCAGUCCUCCACAUCACUCGUCGGAUGCCAUGCCACGGCAGGACGGUGCGUCCGAGCCCGGACAGCGCAUUCGAUCGAUGGAUGGGUCCCGGAGGCCCAGCCAGGAAGAGCAAAUCAGAACAACGGCACGGCAGCAAGGAUACGGCGCCAAACGAACCGAGGCACUUGGCAGGAUCCGGUGCAUUUCCCACGGUGGUCAGACAUAUUUCGCACGAUCAGAUGUAUUCUACACGCUGCUCUUCCGAGCAGGAGUCCAGGCUGUCUUGCCAAUACAGAGCCAGGGUCGCCGUCGUCGCCGAAGCUCUGCCUUGCCUUUGCGACUGGCUCGCAGCUACAAGUAUCUCAUCGAAAAGCCCAAGCGCUCAAACGUAUCGCACGACUUUUUCGCCGGCAUGGGCGGGAACGGUUGGUUGGUGUGCAGAACCCGCAUGAGCGGGCGUACGUCUUUGCCCUCGGUCUGCCACUCGCUGACCAAUUUGGCCGCAUAGUCGUCGAACUGCUCGUUUUCACGAUCCAUUUGGUUGAGCAGAGCAAGCUCCCGCACCAGCUCGCUGGCUUGCUUAGCCUUCUUGGUCUUCAUGUUCUCUUGCUGCAGGGAUCCCACAGGAUGAUGCGUCACCGAUUCGCAGUCAAGACAUCAAUGAUACCGUCGCAGGAAGCCAUGUUGUCAGUCACGAACUUUCAGACUCCUGAGGUGGAACUCUUGAAGCUUGUGGCAGGCAUCUUGGCGCCUCUGCUGCUUCACUUGGUUUUCAGCAAGCUGUUUGGCGUAUUUUUCUUCGAUUUCCAAUCGCGACCGCUUGUCCGCUUCCACUGCUUCGUCCUCACUCUUCUUCUUCAGCAUCAGCUGUGGAAAACCGCGUUUGUUCGAGUAGCCCAAGAAUAUCGCCGUCGCCGUCGGGUGCGACAUCACGACGACAGUUAUGCGAUUUCCAGAGUUUAGAUUCACCAUAUCGGCCCGAGAAGCACCUGUUGUGGUGCCUGUGACAGUUUUGCGGAAGAAUAGAUUCCUUCCGGCUUCCAUCUGACAAACCAUACUCUGGUUCCAGCGCGCCUCUAUCCAUUCGCACAAGUCACCCCACCCAGGCUCGUCUCACCUGUGCCAGACGGAACUCUUCAAUCUCCUUGAUCAUCUUGGCCGUCUUCUUCUUCCUUUCGAUUUCUUUCUGGAUCUGGCCACCCCAGUCCGCAUCGGCAUUCUUGGCAAUAAAUCCGUCAAUGCGCUGGUCCUUCUCUUUGGACAUUUCCUCCUGCUGACGAGCAACUUCCUCGAGCCGCUGCUGUCGG